GCAACCCGCUGUGUGUGCCUCGCGUUGCCAUUAGAGGAUCGAUAUGAUUGGUAAUCAAUGCGUUUUGCCUUGUCCAGGCUUCGCCAGGAUACCAGAUGGCAGUUAGCACUGACCUUACAGUCCUCGGUGAAGUGACCUGCGAGAGAUCAGCACUUGCAGAAGGUCCCAUUAUAACUCCCCCUGUUGUCAGGAAAAGGAAAAGAAAAUUAAAGGACUUUAUUGUUACACCUAUAAUCACUGGAAGUUUGGAAAGCCAGAACAUCCCAGAAGAACGGAGUCCCAGCCACCGACGCCAGGUGGAUCCUCACCCGUCUAGCCAGGAAGCUGAUCCUCUGGAGGGCCCCAGUGGCGCCCUCCCUCGCUUGCCAAGAACAUAUCCACAAAGUCUUGUUAUGAAAACAACUGGUGAGCAACGGACAGUGGAACCAAGCCCCUCUGAUAUCGAAGAUCCACUAAAGGAAAAAUCAGAAAAAAUGAUUUCUUCUCCAAAAACUUGUGUUCAGACAGAGAGACAGCAGAUGGAGUGCAAGCUCUGUGGGAAGGCCCAGGACUCUAACGAUGUCGUUAUUCCAAUUUUACAUGGGAGCACUUACAGGCUAGAGCUGAAAUGUGAAGGCCUCUUCCGCUGCCAAAAGACUGGAAUUCAAUUCCUGGUGAAACAUCCAGUGACUAUCGAAUAUAACCUGGAAUCCUGGCAUGAUCACUUGACUGGAAUACAGUGGGAUAGCUAUGAGGUUGUGGGUCCUCUAUUCAACAUAAAAACAGAUGACCCUUUUGCGGUGUCAGCAGUGUACCUACCUCAUUAUUUGUGUAUAGCAGGUUUUACUGGGGAUAAAUCACAGAUUAAAUGCGCUCACUUUAAAGAUGGGAACAUGACCUUGGAACCCCCAACGCAGAUCCAACCUUUCUAUAUCAUCCUGGAAAAUCCCAGCUUCUCCUUUAUAGGUGUAGUGGUGUCAUAUUUCAGCAAAAAUGUCCCAAUCCAUGGAGGCGUGCUGAUCUACUUCCGGGUGGUGUGUCAGGACGAGCCGGAAUAUCAGGAGUACAAAAUUCAUCUCUAUUUACUGCCGUAUCCCGCAUACAAAGUAGAGGCGCUGGAUAAAGAGAAUGUAACAUUUGGAUUUAAGAGAAUUAACAAACCUCCUCUCAUCUAUGACACUAUAUAUACUAGGAUAAAGUACCUGGUACGAGUACAGCCUGCAGCAUCUAUAAUCCCAAAGAAGCUAAUGUGUCAGUCGGAGCCGUAUUCAUAUACAGAGAUCAACCUGAAAGCAAGUAAUACAGACAUUGAUCUAUAUGUAUCAGAAGAGGACAGAGAAGCAGCCAUAUGGGAGGCACGGCUGACAAAAGGAGAGAUACGAGAAUGGAAACGGCAGAUGGCUCAGCCUCCACACCAGAGAGGUAAUUAUCCAUCUAAGGGAUCAUUUGUGGAUAAACAUCGAGAAGUUCUCAUCCGCGAGGUGCACCUGGUGGAGCCAGUCCUAGAUGGUCUUAAUAGUGAAGACCUUCUGACAGAUGAGCAAUAUGACUUUGUGCGCAACAGAACGACCUCCCAGGACAAGAUGAGAGCUCUCUAUGACUUUGUCAGGUCUUGGGCUGACGGUGACAAGUGCAAGUUAUACAACAUUCUAAAGGACAACAAUGGGCCUCUAAUCAGGAAACUCAAACAAGCAGCCGUUCCACUACAACCAUCUUGAACUAUUAUAUGCUAGGUGAAUAUUGGUUUGUGGGUUUGCUUGGAAACAACUGGUAUUCAGGAUUUUUCCAGGUUAUUUGUAAAGUUAUGGAUCAAAAGUAUGGUUGGUGCGCUACUUCCCUUCUUAAUCAGUAUAAUAUAUUCAAGAAAUGUCUUAGGUUUGUCAAACUUGCACCCUGGUUCCACAGGAUACCCUGCAGACGGCAGCUCAGUCCUUCGGGGUGUCACUAGGUUUAGUGACAAGUAAAUCUGGAAAAACAAGGAGAGGACAAGCGCCUAAUAGUGCAGUAACGUCACACCAAUUUUGGUUAUUUACGACGAAGUGUCUAUAGGUAAUCUGCGUACCGGAAGUUGGAUUUUUAGCAGGCACAUCAAAACACAGCGGCUGAUUCCUCCAAUUAAUUAUCUGCACCAAAACAGGUCACGUGGUUAAAUGCAAACAGGCGUAUCAUAAAGGAUAUGUUCCAGUCGGUCUAUUCGCAGGAAAGCGGGGUCUUUGUAAAGAUGUAUUCGACAUCCGUCUCUACUGAGUGACACCAGGUACUGAACUUAAACUCUUGUAGUCAAAUUGCUCUGUGUGACCCUCAGAUUACCCUACAUGCUGCACGCCAGCCGAGGAAAUGUGACCACCUCAGAAAUACCUGUGGGCUCAUGAAUGAACUAGCAAUACCUUCCCAUCACUUCCGAGUGAUUAUUCAUUUUAUUCAAUGAUGCCUAGGGAUCAUUAAUUUUAUUCAAUUACACAUUUUUUUCCCAUUUUCUGAGUUCACUCAUCUGUCUUAAAAUCUUCUGUAGUAAAAAUGUAUUGCUUUUUUUAAAUUCUUUACCAAUUUCUUCAGUCUGUAAAUAGUAUACCUCAUUGUAAACCACAUUACGUGUCUUAUUACUGUCAUCAGUUAUGAAUAUGAUGUGAUUGGUAGUAUUACCGAUACGGGAGAGACCCACAUAUAAGUGACCAUGAGGAGAGCUCGCUGCGCAAGUCCACACAGACGACAUCAAAGGAUUGGUCUUACGCUUGUUUAUUGUAAUUCCAGAACAUAUCAUAACGAGAAACUGUAAGCACUUAAUUCACCUGGCAAAUCUGACAUAAUCAUUGAGACUCUAGGAAUAAAGACAACUAUAACUGCUGCAGACCACUCCAGGUAGAUGCCUCAAUGGCAUUAGGCAACAGUAUGUGUGGUAUGAUGUCUGUGUGUAUAUAUGUGUGGGUGGGUGUAUAUGUGUGUGGUAUGUGUAUAUGUAUUGUGUGUAGAGUGUAUAUACUGUAUGUGGCGUGUGUGUAUGUACAGUAUACAUGAUGUGUGGAUGUAUGUAUUUGUGUUUAUGUGUGGUGUGGUGUGUGUGUGUGUGUGUGUGUGUGUGUGUGUGUGUGUGUGUGUGUGUGUGUGUGUGUGUGUAUGUAUAUGUGUA